CCCCGGACCUCAGCUUUGGGAUUCCUCUCCCGGAAGUGGGUGGUCGAGUCUCCGUCACCACUCUGGUCACACCACCGUCGACACCGAGACUGCUGGGAUGAAGCGCACCACCGGAGAAGCGCAGGGAUUGUUCCGAGUCUGAGACUGCUGAAAGUCUUGGUGAUUCCGCAGCGAAGCGAUCUGUUAGGACUGUUUUUUGUUUAUUGAGGAGGAGGGGGAAACACGAGCUGCCAAAAUGAUGGAAGAAAUCGACAGAUUUCAGGUACCGAGCGCGGUGCAGGAGGCAGAGAUGCAGUCUGAGAUGCAGCCGCUGGAUCCUGCUUCAUCCACGGCUUCAGAGGCAGACUCUGACACCAGAGAGGGGGAACCUGUUACCAUCAACUACAAACCUUCACCUCUGCAGAUGAAAAUGGAGAAACAAAGAGAGCUGGCUCGGAAGGGCUCAUUAAAGAAUGGGAACACUGUAGGUAGUCCAGUCAACCAGCAACCCAAGAAGAACAAUGUCAUGGCCAGAACACGGUUGGUAGUGCCAAAUAAAGGCUAUUCCUCUUUAGACCAGAGCCCAGACGAAAAGCCCUUGGUGGCAUUAGAUACAGACAGCGAUGAUGAUUUUGACAUGUCAAGAUACUCAUCGUCAGGAUACUCUUCUGCCGAGCAAAUCAAUCAGGAUCUGAACAUUCAGCUGCUGAAAGACGGUUACCGCCUAGAUGAAAUCCCUGACGAUGAGGACUUGGAUCUGAUACCACCCAAAUCAGUCAACCCUACCUGCAUGUGCUGCCAGGCAACCUCCUCCACAACCUGUCAAAUCCAGUAACCCUCCAGUACCCCUGCCCCUUUUCAACAUUACAUAACUCCCGCCUUCAUCCGCUGUGAGUUUACCUCGCCACCAAAGGGGCAGUGGUGAGGCGUUGGUAGGAUUAAAUCGUGACAGUUAAAGUGCUUUGAUGAUAGCUACAAAUAAUCCAAUUAAAUAGAAUAUUUGGUUCAAAAGUGUAGAUCAGAACAAUAAGUAUGUAUAGAAAUGUUAUUAAAGUGGUGGAUUCCUCCUAUGGUAGGACAUAGACGUCUGCACUGAUACCAGGUCACAGUACACAAAAGGUCAGUUGAUGCUGAUUUAAAUAUCCCAGAAGAGUAACAGACAUUAUAACAGCUGACUUACCUGCCUGAACUCGCUUUGCCUUUUUUUCUAGUUUUGUUUCCUAUGUCAUUAUGAGGUGGGGUGUGUUGUUGAGAUGUAUGUAUUUUUUUUUUCUUCUAAAACAACAUCUUCAUUUAUUGUACUGUACAGGGUUGUUAUGUAGUACAGCUCAGUCACAACACCACUAUCACAUCCUAUGCCCCAAGGAUUGUGGACAUUUCUUGAUGUUUGAAUGGCUGUGGAGCAAAAUUACAUGCAGAGCACCAGACGUUGAGAAGAAAAACAAAAAGCACGUAGCUUUUGCACUUUUUAGUUUUGCAGCCACUUCUGCUGCUGCGACACAAGCUUGGCUUGCAUCGUUUGAAUUUGCACAUUUUGUUUUUAAUUUGGUGAGCCCAUGUCUUUGUGUUUUAUCCUGCACAGCAGUGACUGUGGCUCAAACAAAAUGACUUGGGUCAGAAAAAGAAAAGAGCCUGGUCAUGAUGCUCAUAUGAUCCGCACAUCAUCAAGGCCAAAGGAACUGGAGGGAUGGGGGUGGAGCUUCAGAUAGAUUUUACAGCACAGCUUGUUCUCAUCUUUAUCUCCAAGAACAACAAUCACUGGACACUGCAGAUCAUUAAUUGCACACACAAGUUCAGAAAAGAUUCCUUCUCUUCUCACACGUGCAUGCAUACGAACCUACAGCUCCAAAACAGGAAGUGAGACAACAUCUAAAUCUCUUUCGACUACUAUAACAGAAACCAUUUUUGUAAUCCCAACAUUGAAGAUGAUGGACUCUGAGCACCGCUGUCCUUCUUUUACGACCUCUCUCCUCUAUAAAUCACUCCGUUAAUGCAUUUUGAGUAUGCCUUAAAGACAUAAGUUUCAAAACAAAAUAUUGUGUAUUGCUGUUUUAUUUCAUUUUAUUUUAAACGUGUUUGCUGUGAAUAAAAGUUUGCUUUUUUUUCAAAAUGUAAAAAAAUAUCAAGUGUUUUUUUUUCUUAGAUUUUUAACGAUUUCCACAUAUAGUAAACACUUCCAUUACAGUAUUCAACAAUGUUAUUGUCAUGUGCAGUGUAUGAAGGUGAUGAAUAAACACAAAGCAAACAUUG